AUGGCUACGCAAGUCCUUCCAAUGUCUUACGUCCAAAAACUACAGCAGCAACAACGUCCAUACAAUGUUCGUCGCCACAAACAAAUCGUUGCAUACCGCUCUCCGCCACCCUCUAAACUUGCACCUAGUAUAUUAAGUCGACCACAUGCAAUGCAUCCCAAUCUCCAAAAGUUAAGAAUCGAUCCUCCGAUCCUCUUGCUACUCGUCGUCUGCAUUGUCGCCUUACUCCUCUGGCUUUCAUACGGAACCUAUAUGGUUGUGACCUGGUAUAUCCAUAGACUACGGGCCGUCAAGUAUGGCUUGGAAGACAACACGAAUCGGGACAUUCUCAUGGCUAAGCUUGAUGGAACAACUUAUUCGAGUGAAGAGAAUGGGAGCAGAAGAUUCGGGCAGGCAGCUAAAUGUUCUCGUCCUUUAACAAAAACAGGAGAUGACAAGUUAGAACAUGCCUGGACGGGAAAAAUAGCGGAUUUAUCCAGACAUCAGAGUUUAUCGAGUGGAAAUGCAUGUGCUGUGUUGGGAAACAGCUGCAAGAGAUCUCCAAGCCUUGGGGGUCGGAGGAGGAGCGCUGUUUGA